AUAGGAAUGCCUUUCAGUAAUUAUCAGACUAACAGCAAAAACUCUGUCACCUUUCAGCAUUAAGAAGUGCUGAAAAAAAGUGUUUAUUUAUUUACAUUCCUCAGAAUAAUCCCGCAGCAGGCCACCGGGUUUUAUCUCCUCCUGUUUUUAUUUCGAGGCUGAAGUUUCUGUCUCGUCUGUGUCUCACAGAAACAAAUGAACCAUGAUCACCACAGAGGCUGCGAGAGAGCUGCAGGCCAAAGAGCGCAGAUACAAAGAGCAGCUGAAGAGAUGUUUAUCCUCUGCCUUAUCUGCAGACCUUAACAGGUUGCUGCAGGAGGAGCUGGAGGCGGAUGUUUCUCUACAUGCCGGCUCAGGCUCGCUUCAAGCACAUAGAGCCGUCCUGUUGGCCAGAGCUCCUCAUGUCCUUCAGGGACAGACGCUCAAAGAUCCCGCCGUCAUUCACCUGUGCGGCUAUGACCUGCCCGGGUUGAGAGAUUUCCUCAGGCGAGUGUACACAGCAGACCAGAGCAUGCGCUCGGCUGAAAUGAGUCCAGACGUGGACGGCUCAGUGCCAGAAAGUUCUCCGUCUGUUCCCGACUCGGCAGAUCUUCAGAGUUCCACUGACUCAGAUGCUGUUCUUGAGCCAGCUUCGGGCCUCGGAGCCGACCUGCUGGAUCUGUACCAGCGGGGAGAGCAGUGCGACAUCACCAUCCAAGUAGCGGAGCAGGUCUUCUCCUGCCACAGGGCGAUCCUGUGUGCGCGGUCUCAGUACUUUCGAGCCAUGCUGAGUGGGAGUUGGAUGGAGAGCUCCAGACAGUGCAUCACUCUGCAAGGUUUAGGGCCCGACGAGAUGGAGAUCCUGCUCCAGUUCAUGUAUGGGGCCAUUGUGGAUCUGCCACCUGGAGCCAGUGCAAGUCAGGUGGUGUUGGCAGCAGACAUGCUGGGUUUGGAGGGGCUGAAAGACGUGGUGGAGAUGGUUCUGACCCGAGACUACUGCCGCUUCUUCCCCAAGCCGAUGGACGGAGUUCAGAGGACAGUUCUCGAGUGCCUGUCCCUCACACACGCCUUAGGCCUUCAAAACCUCCACGUGCUUUGUAAGAGGUGGGUCGCCGAUCAUUUUGUGAAGACCUGGUGUGAGAGAAACUUCUCCCUCUUGUCCCCUGAGCUGCACGCCGCCUGUCUGACGGCUGUUACUGAAACCAUGACUGUGCAGAACGCCGUAACUACGCUCUGUGGCUCUGAGCAGCUGAUUGGCAGUCUCCCAGAAGUCAAGUGGGCCCAACAGGUUAGGAGUCUCGCCACGGAGCUGCAGGAGCAGAGCCUGCACGUCAUCGUCCAGCACCUCCCGAAAGUGGUCCGCACUCAGGCCUUCAGGGACCUUCGCAGGAGGGAAGAGUUCACCCGUGAGCCCGCGUUAUUGAAGAAGCUGUGUUCAGCCAUCAGAGAAGGUGUGACUGUGGACAACUGCUGCAAUCUUUACGCUGCUGUUUACGAUCUGUGUGGAGAUGACGCAGAAGAGGACUGGCUCCUGGAGAAGGGAGGGCAAAAACAAGAGGAGCCGUUCAGGCAAGAGAUUUGUACGCUGCGCGCUCGGCUGUGGACCUUCCUGCUUCAGACCUUUUACGCCGUCCGCCACACGCAGGGAUGGGAGACCCUGUCCUCCAAACACAGGGAGAGGAUACUGGCAGAUGCUAUUGAUAAAGGAGACAAUCGGAGACUCGGUAAAAAGCCUGUAUUCACUAGCUCACAGUCAAGGGCUGUAAAAUGCCCUUCAUCUGCACCUGAGAGUCCCCCUGUGCACCGGAGCCAGAGGGCGUCUGAAAACGCAGCUUCCUCCUCCCGUUGUGCUGCAUCAGCCAUGAAGUCUGAUGGACUGGGGACAGCGAACAAAUCGGGGGACGCUCACAAAGCAAAGAAUGUGAAGAAGCCAGGAGAUAGGAACGUGGCAGCAAAAGCAAAGACGGCAUCAGCUGCCACACCAGUUGUUAACGGCACCGGAGCUGCAGGGGCCAGGCGUGAUGCAGCCAGCGCCAACGGCCCCAGGAGCUCCCACGGAGCCAGAGAGCAAGACAAGAAGCCAAACCCAGGAGCACGGCCGAAAACGUCUCCGCCGAGCUGCACGUCUGCGAGCCAGACAGUAAUGAAGGCUCAGAAGAGCUCAACAGGAAAAGCUGACAGCGCUGUUGGCACCGCCCAAGCUCAACCCAGCGCUACAUCCACAUCGGGCAGCGCCUCGCCAGAAAACGGUGCCAGGAGCCCUCGCAAUGACACCCACUCCAUCCCAGGCGCAAAGCCCAAACACCAGGCGAAGGCGGUGAACAAAUCCCCACUGACAAAACCUCAGCAGAAAACAGACACAGCAAAGAUCAGCAGUCCUACCAAUAAGUCAAGUGUGAGAGAAAGUGUCAAAGCCAAGACUGGUGCUUCAGAGAAAACGUCUACUGGAGGCGCAGCAGCCAGAGCAGAAACCAAGGGACGAGGCACACCAGAGCACCAUGUCUCUAAGCACGGACCCUCCAUGAAAAAGCCAGCGUCCCCGAGGAAAGAAGACGGCAAGGAGGGGCUGAAAUCUUCGGCUCCAGACAAAGCAGCCAGUGAAGUUCCUAAAAAGAAGAUCACAAAGCCCGCUCCGGCGACUGGAGCCUCGACUAAAUCCAGUGCUAAACCACCAAAAGCCUCCUCGGCCCCCACCAAGCAAUCUAGCGCAGUCGCUGCCAAGUCUGGACCAAAGCCCAAAAGUACUACUGAAUUAUCUACGGAGAAAGCUUCUCCAAAGUCUGGAGGGGCUUCCAAAACCGCAGCUGCCUCCAAGAAAUCUGGAAGUAAAGCAAAAGAAGUAGCAAACGGUAAAAAUUCAGACUGUAAAACGGCUCCAACUGAGAGCGCUGGUGAUAAAGAUAGCACAGAGGUAACGCUGCAGCCUGCAGCAGAGCCAGCGAGCCAGGGCGAAGGAGAUUCACUCAGCCUUCAGCUAGAAUCGAGCCCGAAGGAGAGUCUCCAGACGGCUGAAACACAGACAGAAAACACAAACAGUGCACCAGCAGCCGACAGCGCCCCCCAGGUCAAACCCGCUAAUGCAGACACUUGCAAACAGACCGAAGGGACUAAAACAAAACAGUCCCCGAGCGGUGUCAUCGCCGCUCACAUCAGCGGAGCCCAAGUUCACGAGGUCAGCUCCCCAAAUUCCCCGAGAGACACUGAACGCCCUGCAGACACCCCCUGCAGCAUGGGAAGCACUGACACUCCCAUCGAGGACUCCUGGAGCGGCAUCCACCAUCAGGUCAGCCCUGAGUCCGAGACCGGCAGCACGCACACCACUUCCUCUGACGACAUCAAGCCCCGCUCGGAGGACUACGACGCGGGAGGCUCGCAGGAUGACGACUGCUCCAACGACAGAGGGGUGUCCAAGUGCGGCACCAUGCGCUGUCACGACUUCCUGGGCCGCAGCAGCAGCGACACGAGCACCCCCGAGGAGUUAAAGAUGUACGAGGGCGGCGCUGGGUUGAGGGUGGAGGUGCGGCUGCGUGGACGGGAAGCGGAGACCACCAGUGAGGAGGAGGGAGUAAGACAGCAGCGUCCUCGCUCCUGGUUGCACAGAGACGAGGUCGCUGUGGAGGAGGAGCACUCGGAGGUCGAGGCCACUGUGACUGUAAAAAGCGUCCCCGACCCACAGCUGUUCUCCUCAGAGGAGGAGGACGAGGACGAGGAGGCGACGGAGGAUGAGAGGUCAGAAGUUGAGGUGAUUCCAGGCCAAGCUCCGCCGCCGACUGAGCCUUCGCCGCACUAUCAGGGGAUCGUCAACCUUGCGUUCGAUGACGAAGGUGUGGACCAGGAGAACGAGCAGCCCGACUAUCAGUCAACAUCUAACUUCCGUCGCUCAGUGUUGCUCUCUGUCGACGAGUGCGAGGAGUUGGGAUCAGAAGAGGGUGGCGCUCAAACUCCGCCUCAACAGCCAGACGACGUUGUGACUCCCUGUGACGUUUUCGAGUCUGACUCCACAGCCCCUCAGUCUAAUUGUGCCCCCUCUGGUGACCAGCAGAACCACCUGCCGUGCCAUCCCGAAAGUGCAGAUGCCAAACACGACGACGAACAGGAAGAAAAAUCAUCCGUCUUCCUAACGGAGCUCGAGGAGCCCGUGCAGGAGGAGAGCAACCACGUCGAUGGAGUGAAGUCCAGCAGCCCUCCUCUGGAUGCCGACACCAGAGACCUCCCUCCUCAGGAGCGCCCGUGCCACCUGGAUCUGCGGCACACCGAACAAUACAACGGAGCGCCGCGCAAAAAUCAGCCCUCAGAAAGCAAGAAAGCUGAUUUACAUCUAGACUUAAAUGAUCCUCAGCUGACAGGGGACUCUCCUGUACAUGCUGCACAAUCUCCAGCAGGGGACAAUGGUUGUGACAGAUUGGAUCAAACCUGCAAACAUGACCGCCGGCCGUCCAAAGCCCUCUCUCCUAUUUACGAGAUGGACGUGGGAGAAGCCUUCGAGCACUGCUCGGACAGGGACAGGAAUGUUAAACUGCAGGCGGAGGAAGAAAAGCAAAAAGGGGACAAUGAUGACAAAAGCAAUGAGUUUGCGGAGCGGGACUGGAGCCUGCUCAGGCAGCUCCUCUCAGACCACGAGUCCAAUCUGGGCGUCAUAAACCCCGUGCCCGAGGAGCUCAACCUGGCCCAGUACCUUAUCAAGCAGACGCUGUCGCUGUCUCGCGACUGCCUGGACUCGCAGGCCUUCCUGUCCCCGGAGAAGGAGACCUUCAAACGCUGGGCGGAGCUCAUCUCGCCCAUGGAGGACUCCUCCACCAGCAUCACAGUAACCAGCUUCUCCCCAGAGGACGCUGCGUCUCCGCAGGGGGAGUGGACCAUCGUGGAACUGGAGACACAUCACUGAGUGCACAGAGGAGAGCCUGCGGGACAGUUGACACCUUCUCUGGGAACUUUGGCCAUCUUCACAUCAACUUCUGUCUUAAUUUAUUAAAAGUUAAUAUCACAUUCUGUCCUGAUGUCUUUUCUGGACUCUGCAGAACUCUGGACUUUGCAGCAGCUUGUUUGCAUUCCUCAUUACGCCCUCAGUGGACGGUUUCUUGGCACAAACGGGCUGUUAUGCAUGCUGAUAUUUUUCUAUGUCUGACUGUUUCAUUGAUGUUGCUUCGACGCUCUAGAAAAGAAUAGAGUAAGAAAAGAAAUCUUUCUCAUGGCAGUCUUCUGGUUAUAUGGUGGACUGAAGUUUCUUAAAGACAAAACAAUAUCAGCCAACUGGCUUGCAUUUAGUGUCAUACUGAAAAUAAAGGUUUGUGUUUCUUGAA